AAUAGCGCUCUAUCCGAGGCACUGCAGCAUCUACAUCUAAGUUGAAGAAAAAAUAAUAUCUCCCAGCUCUACGGUUCUCUGCUUCAGUGAGAGAAGGCAGUGUAGCAAUGCUUGUAAAGUAGCGGGCCGCGGUGAACGGCGGGGUUGGCUAUUGUGCGAAUGUAUGGGCAAGGAAAUUAGUUUAGCUUGUCACUGCGCCUUGGACAGUUGUGUGUGCGUGUUGGAGUGGUAGUUGAAACUCCUCUCUGAUUUAUGGCUCGUAAAUUCAGCAGUUACACUGGAUAUUAUUAUUGAGCGUGUCACUGAGCUGCAAAAGACUAACCGUGGUUUUGAUGAUUAUGAGAAUUUAAUGACUAUUUAAAGAGUGGAAAAUAAACAUUUAUUGAAAUAAAAUUGACUUGUACGGGGCAAAAUAGGGAAGGAAUAGACUGAUUAUUGCGCUGACUUAAAUGUCUUGCAAGAAUUAAGUGAUAAUCUCGGAUAAGAGCAGGAGAAUUAAUAGGGAGGCAGUAAAUUGCGAUCGUUAUGUGAAUGAUAUGUGUGAAAUGUAAGUAAAUCAAACGAUGAAAAUUGUACGCGUAACAUUAUUGUGUGAAUUAUAGGAAAUCAAAUAGUUAGAAAAACGAAUACAAUCUUAUUUAAGGACAUGUCAAUGUGUGAUAUAGCACUUGUGCGGUCGAUAAGCUAAUCGGGUGGACGGACGGUCAUUUUUGUGUAACCACAAGCGGAAGGGGCUAGAGCCAACUUUUAACCCGGUGUCACCCGCUAUCUUAUGUUUGUCUCUUCGUUGUGAGCUCUUUAGUUUUGCCCAGAGAUAACGUCACACAAAGAAAACACGGAGAUGUUUAAAUGCUUUAUGUGAAUGAAACCAGUGUUACACAUUGUACAUUCUGUAUAUUUGGAAGAUUAUGGAGUGAAAAGGGACACUUUAAUAGCCUUAAAUAUGAUAUAAUUGCAUAAGUGGAUUAAAAAUAAAUUCACGGUUUUCCGUUUCAUGUGCUGGAUGAAAUAUUAACAUAUCAGAUGAUAUAGCACAUAGUCUGGAUAGCUGUACAAUAUAUUAUAAUUAUAAAGGAUAUACUACAUUGGAAUUUAGAUGAAUUAUGUGUUCUUGGGAAAUGUAAUUUUUGCGCGUUAUUUAUAGGACGGAACUACACAAUGGCAACGUUUUUCGCCGUGAACUUUGUGCUAUGUACCGCAGCCUUUGCCACAGAACUGCGCGAUGUCAGAGGACCCCCACAACGAACAGGCGAGUAUGAGUCGCGACAGAUUGCACGGGUCGGCCAGGCUAGGAAACGGCUCCUCUGUCCUGUUGAGGACAACCUCAGUAACAUUGUACAGUGGUACAAGGGCGACGACCUCAUCGACAACUUCUGGACGCGCUACAAGAUCUCAAAAGAGUCCUCAUUAUCACUGCGGAUAAAGGAUGUGGAAAUGGAGGAUGCAGGGCUCUUCAUGUGCAAAGUCGCAAAUGGCUUUGGAAGAGUUCAGUUCAACUUCACCCUUGUUGUUGUUGAUCAGGAGUCUGGCUUGGUUCGGGAAGGGGAGAAUGUGUACCCCCACAGUCCAGAUGAGGAUCUCACCAAGGAGGGAGAGCGACCUUUCUUCACGGAACUUGAUAAAAUGAUGAACAAGCAACUCCAUGAGCGGCCCGUCGGCAGUUCCCUUCGCCUCCGCUGUAAUGCUGCAGGCAACCCUAUGCCUGAUGUUAGAUGGAUAAAGGACGAGCAGGUCCUACAGAUUAGUGACGAUGGAGUCGAAUCUAAGAAACAUUGGACGCUAAAGCUUCGUGACUUGAAAGAGAGCGAUAGUGGAAAUUACCAGUGCUUUGUCUCCAACAAGCAUGGCUAUAUUAACUUUACAUAUACUGUAGAAGUCAUAGGUAAGAUCAAUACAGAGGCAAGGUUGAUAGGCCCUGAUCCCCAGAAUGAGACUGUGCCCAUUGGAGGAAUCGCGACCUUUCAGUGCAAGGUCAAAAGCAAGGUCAAACCUCAUAUACGGUGGCUGAAGCGUCUCGACCCCAACACUGUGUACAGUGGGAAUGACUCCAUCUUCGAGGUGAAGGAACAGAAGUUCCUUGUGCUCACUACCGAUGACGUGCACUUACAGAGUGGAUUCUUUGUCAACAAACUUGUAAUCAAGAAUGUUCGCAAUAGUGACGCGGGAAUGUACAUCUGUCUUGGCACAAACGCCCUCGGUUAUAGCUUUCGCAGUGCCUUUCUUUCUAUACUGCAAGAUGAGCGCACUGUUAGCUCUGUGUUGUUGGAGAGACAAGGGUCCAGCAGUGAGGAGACUGAUAGCAGCACCCUACCGCUGAUUAUAGCAAUACCUGCCAGUAUAGCCAUUAUAGUUGUGGGAAUCGCCAUUUUUAUAUUAAUAAAAAGACGUCAGACGUGCAAUAACGCAUCUAACUCUCUCAGAACUACUCGCUUUAAUGCAGUGCCCACUCAAGAGAGAGACAGUGCCACUGUGCCGCCCAUUCACAAUAACACUCACAUUGUAAUACCUCCCAAAGGCCCACCUAGCAGCGGGCGGUCUGUGGACAAACUGUCGUCCAAAAACCACAGUAUGGACUUCUACUCAGACAUCUCGUCUGUGUCUCGCUGCCAUCACCACCCACCUCCACAACAUGGCAACCACCAGUAUGGAUAUUGCCAGUCUCCAUAGCAACUGUGCAUAACAACCAGCAGUAACUUGUGGUUUCCAUAGCGAAAACACAUAGCAACACUGUCAUAGGUCAGCAAAUGGUUAAUUUAGUUUUAGCCAAGGAUUUGUAAGUUCCUAUUAAAAAUGACCAUGACCUCAGAAGUGUUUGGUUGCUAUCGCAACAAUACUCUUAAAAAGUGUGUGUUAUGUGCUAUGUUUAGGGGUAAUAAGAAACGAGAUUCGUGACAGCUAUUUGACCUGUGUAUAAUGGGAAAGAGAGUGUUACUCUGCAAUCCCAUAAAAACUGACUGUGAUACAUAAAUAUUCUGAUAGUUCUGUGACCAGUAAUACAGGGUGACAGUAUUCAGAGCAAGUGUGUUGGGGGAGGGGUGUGGAGAGUUUCUCCAUGGUGCUGUAGGGGAAGGGGCUAUCCCUUUGACAGGAGUGGAAAUGUUACCUAAUGAGCAAUAUUUGUUUGGUCUCAAGCAGACAUUCUUGUUGCAAUAGAUCAUUUGAUGAAAGAAGUUUUUACUGUAAUCAUACAUGUUUUUUUAUCAAGUGUUAUUUGAUUGGCAGAAAAAUGGUUAAACUUUUUCACUGAAUUGCACAAAAUAUUUAUAGAAGAUAUUGACAUAUUUUUAUAUUAAGCUCUUUUCUUGCAUGUUUUGAAACAACAUAAAAGUUUCAAAGUAAUACCAAAAAGCAUUACUGAGCUUUAUGUUGGAUGGUAAGGGUAAUGUGUGUUGGUCUGCUGUUUGUAGGCUUGAAUAUUUGUGAUAUUUUAUUAUAAAAUAAAUGAGUUGGUGCUUAUUUGUUGUGAGCAAAAAUUAUACCAAAAUUUAAUAAAAAAAAUAUAGGGUAACAAUUGCUGUUUUGAUCAUGAAGUCUUUCAUUGUGAAGAUAUUUUCUAAAAUAUUUUGUGAUUUAUUGAUGGGUUUUCUUUCCUUAUUAUAAUUAUAUUUUCACUAGUGCUGUCAAUUUAGAAUGAAAUUUUUAGAUGACUGUUACACAAAACAGAGAAAAAACAGUUUCCCCCCAAUUACAUAAGUUAGGAUUGGCAUAUCAUGAUGAAACUUGGUCUGCAGCAACCUCACGAGGAAACUUAGAAUUGUAUUUGGGGUAUGCGGGGUCAAGGUCACUGUUACUAAAAAUAGAAAAAUGGUUUAUGCUCAUUUAUAUAGUUAGGAAUGACCUAUAGUGAUGGAACUUGGCAUACAGCAAGUUAAUGCGGCCAAAGACAGGUUUCACUUCAAUGACUUAAGUUAAGAAUAACCAACAAUAAAAGAAUUGUGUGUGUAGCAUGCUGAUAUAGAUAUGUACCAUGUUCAUAAGGGUAUUGCUUCAGCUGAAAAUAGGAAACUGGUCACAUGAAGGUUAUAGCAACUGAUGCUUUUAAUACAACUGUCUUGUAUUUGGGAACACAAAAUGUCUGUAUGUAUGCUAAAAUUUGUUAUGGCUUAUCAUUAAAACCUGGUUUUAUAGCAGUUCAACAUUAAUCUUCUCCUUGUUCAUUCUAUUUAUGAGCUGUUAGCCCUUGUGCCAUAUAUUAUGACAGUUCUCAUUCUAGUUGAUUGGUAUGAAAUGUUGGGAAAAUACAGUAAUGUUUAAUGGCAGCAAUUAUUAAAUGUUUUGUUUAUUAUGUUCAGAGUGGAGUACCUACUUUCAAAAAUGAAUUCAAAUUUGAAAAAUGAAAAUAUUUUUUUUGUUGAUUAUUUAAUUUUCACAACGUUAGUAUAUAUACAUGUCAGAAUAAUUGAUAUCAGUCCAAUUUUCAUAACUUUUGUUGACCUUUUUAACUAAAUAGUUCAGAAGAAACAUGAAAAUAAUCGAAAAUGCCAUUUUUUGUUGGAUCUAAAUUAUUAAUUUUUUUUUACAAAUAAAAAAGCACAAUUUUUUCUUUAUCUGAAAUUUUUUAGGGUCUUAAAUACAUCUACAAAUAAAUGCGGAAGUCCAAUAACCAAUUAUUGUAAAAUGAUUUUCUUGCAAUAUUAUUUGCUUUUUUCAAUAUUGAUUUUUCUUCUUGCUUGAUUGGACAACUAGAACUAAAACAUAGUUGUCUGAACGCACCUUUGACUUGCCAGGAGCAAUCUGAUGACUGAUUAUGUCAUCCCUUAAAUUGCAGCGAAAAGUCUGAAAUACUCUACUGCUUACCUCAUGUCACUUAUCUGUCAUUGAGGCUUGGUACUUACUCUGGUGUCCAGCCUUCCGAGUGCUUAUGUACUUUGUUGUCAAUGACAACAUUUCUUGAUGACUUUAAGGCUGCAUUACUUUGUCAUGAGCUUACACUCCUUAUUUCUGUUUAUUGUAUAUUUUUGUCAGCAGUAUAGCAUUGUAAAUAUCAUUUCUUUACAUUUUUUUCGAAGUUGGCACAUAAUCUGGCAUCUACAUGUGAUUUAGAGAUUUGGUGUUUUUAUCACAAUUUUUGUCCAAAUUUUAUCUUAUAUGUUAUUGGGGGCAUAACUAUAGUGACUGCUUUGUCCGUCUGCCUGUUAAUCUGUCACACCAUUGUUUAAAGAAUGACAGCAACAGAUUUGGUUUCAUUGAAACUUGAACAGAGGGCAAUAUGCACAAUUUCAGUGUGCAAGAACCAUAAUCCUAGCUUCAGUCACUGCUGAAUUAUCUCCCACUUUCAAUUUUACAGUAUAUAAUAAUCAGGAAGCUGCUUGUCCAGACAAUUAUUUAAAAAGUACUCAAGGGAUUUUUAAAUGAAACUUGGAAUAUGGAUAGAAAGCACAGUGCAGAGCGCAAAGCUCUAAAAGUAACAGUUUUCAAUCCCUGUUCCAAUUUGUACCCUUCUGGGGAGCAUAUGUUGUUUCCCUGUUCCAAUUUGUACCCUUCUGGGGAGCAUAUGUUGUUUCCCUGUUCCAAUUUGUACCCUUCUGGGGAGCAUAUGUUGUUUCCGAUGAUAGCGUUGUACCCUUCUGGGGAGCAUAUGUUGUUUCCGAUGAUAGCGUUGUACCCUUCUGGGGAGCAUAUGUUGUUUCCGAUGAUAGCGUUGUACCCUUCUGGGGAGCAUAUGUUGUUUCCGAUGAUAGCAUUGUACCCUUCUGGGGAGCAUAUGUUGUUUCCGAUGAUAGCGUUGUUUUUAUAUUUGGCAACUUUGAUGAGUUUUAAGCAAAUCUUGUUGUCUAAGCAAAUAGAAACAGGUGACUGGUCGUUUCGUCAUUUUACAUUGAAGGCGUUUUGUAACAGUCGUUCAAUGACAGAUUUAUUGCAUGUUAUAUUUCUAAUAAUUCUGUAUUAUUAUUUGUGUUACAUUGUCAGUGCAAUAGUUGUACAUAUUUGAAAGGAUUUCUACAAACCAUUAUCUAUUUCAUCUGUUUUAACUUAUAACACAUCAAGGGUACAAGACUGGCGAUAUUACAGAACUGUGGGAUGAACAUGAUUCAUUUCAAAUUGUUCUCAUAGUUAAAAAUAUUAUUUGACUUAAGUCAUUUACCAGUAUUAAUAAGCUACCAAAUAUCUCAUCUUGACACAAUUAAUAUACCAGUAGGUUGGUAGGUUAUACAUGUAUUUAAAACCAGCAAAACACAUAAUGCCUCUUUGAAUUUGAAUGAGAAAUGGCGGAUUUUUUUUAUAUGGUUACAAAAAUAUAAGCUGAAUUACUAAUGUUUUCUCAUGGAAGUGCCCUAUUGCCACAUUUUAUAAUAUUUUUGAGAGGUACCAAGUCGUAAUAAGGAGAUAUUUUCUCGUAUUUAUUAGAUACUAAAUUCUAAUUAGGUGAUUCUAUCAUGUAUUUUGAAGAUGUUAGGAAGUAGUAUCUCACAACUUGGAAAUAAUUCAUUAAAAAAUAAAAUAGUCUGGCACUGUAACUGCUUCCAUAUUUUCUCUGUUUUACAAGAUGAAUCGUGUGAAAUGCUUUUUGCAUAUCGGUAGUCUUAUUUAUGGUAGUAGUGACGUUGUUGUUAUUGUUAAACAAUGUUAAUGAUUCUUUUGUCCAUUUCACAUAAUGUAAACAAUUUUCUCCAUUUCUCAUUACGUUAAUGAAGAGUCAUGUUCACUCGCGUUUCUAUCUUGUUACAGGGUAUGUGUGGUGAAAAUACUACAAUUAUAGACAUUCAUACAAUGUUUUUGUUCUUUUUGUAUUGAUGAUUAUCAACUUGUACGAAAUGUACAUCAGUAAAAUAACUGAAAUAUAUGUUAUAGAAAA